AUGACCGUCUUCCCCUCCCCCGUCGUGGACGCCAUGACGCCGGAGCAGUCGCGAGAGAUCGCACUACACGGCCACCGCGCGCUCACGCCCAUCCUCUCCGGGGCCAUCUCAGGCGGCAUCGUCGGAGUCGCCUGGAUAAUCGGCAUCAUCGUCUGGCUCUACAAGCGCCACCGCCGCGCACGGCGCGCCAAGGCCGCCGGGUUCCGCUCGCACCGCGAGUUUCUCGACCCCCCGAAGAAGCAGGAGGCGUUCAUCAUCCCCCCAGACCCGGCCGUCAUCCAGGGGCAGGUGAAGCCGGGCCAGCAGAUCGUCGUCGAGGACGUGCAGAUGGCGCACCUGAAGCCCGCGAAGACCGUGCCCGCGGCGGCGGCGGACGGAGAGCGGCGGCAUGGGGAGAAGGAGGACGUGCCGCCGGGGAUGGCGCAUCGGGGGUCGGCGCCGUGUAGGGUGCCGGACGAGCCGCGGUCGAGCUUUAACGACUCCGGGGAGGAGAGGGGCGAGAAGGCGCAGCACACGUACUCUUCAUGA